CCUCCGGCCAACGCCUUCCUCUGAAGAAGCCCUGCUUGAGCCAAGGACGGAGGGAGCCAGGAGGGACACAAUGCUGCCCGUGACCCACGUGCUAGCCUUCGGUGCUUGGCUGGCGGCACAGAGCGAGGCUACGCCAAGUGCCCCCACAAUCUCCAUCUUCCUGAAGCCGCCUGGGGUGAUCCCACCAGGAGGCUCCACCACCAUCUGCUGCGUUUGCCAGUGUGGCAAUGGGAACUUCGUGCUGUAUAAGGGCGGCCACUGGAUCCGUACCCUGGAGCUGCGUGGCAGCAGGGCCGAGUUCUCCAUCUCUAAUGCCACCAAAAAGGAUGAAGGUGGCUACAGCUGCCAUUACGUGGAUGGAGGCACUGUGCUGGCUCGCAGUGAAACCGUGGAGGUCAGGGUGAAAGAGUUCCGUCUCCCCAGACCUGUCCUCUCUGUCCUGCCUGGGCAUGAGGUGGCCGCAGGAGCUUACGUGGCUUUCCGUUGCACCAUCGCGCACGCCAGCGCUGGCUGUUUCCUGUACCUGGAGGGCCAGGUCGAAGCCACCUUACUCCCAAAGGGACAAGGUGAUUUCAACCUCUCCCGCAUGCAUAAAGGCAAUGAGGGCCGCUACAGCUGCCAGUGUUUCACCGGCGGUGCUCCGUUGGAAUGGUCUGCUGUCAGCAAGACCCUGGAUUUGGUGGUGAGAGAUUACACCCGGUGCAACACGGUGCGCCUGGCCCUGGGGGCCGCGGUCCUGGUCCUGCUGGGGCUGAUCGUGGCGGAGGCCCUGUGCAGCCGCCGCCAUGGGCCCCACUAG